AGGUCAUAACCGGCAACUAAAAAGCUGACAAAGUUGCAUGUGAGGCUAUAUACAGUAUUGACGUUACAGAUUCAGUAUCCGUUCCUUUUACUGUUUAAUUUCUAGAAGAAAACAUUUACACUCUGCGGACGGAAAUGUGGAAAAAAGACUAGGGAAACAAGGGGAAAAGGUAUGAAAGUAUCCCAGAACCUACCUGUUAAACCACGGUAUGGCAAAUUGAAAACUAGUGAAUCUCGAGAUUUUAUUACAACAAUAAACAGAUUAAGAACAAUAACCUAGCAAUACUUGGGAUUGUUUCAAAAAAUCUUUGUAAUCACUGUCAAGCAGUAGAAGGAACAAUCCACCUCAUUAUGUUCGAUUGCCAAAGUUUCCUCAUUCAACGUAUGUUCAGACGACUUGUGCUGGCUAGCGAACUUUGUGUUACCAAUACAUAUAAGUGUUUUUCUUCCUCCCGUCUGCCGCCACUCAACGUUUUACUAAAAGAUCCAACAUCCUAGAAACCUAUUUAUAAUUUAAAAAAAAAUACAAUUCAAACAAACGACGAAAUUUAGUGAGUGAAGUGUACUGACUCCCAAGUAAUGAACAUUUUCCAAAUAAGUUAUGUCUUAGGUCUAUGUUACUUAUUGUGACUACCUUGACGGUAGUCUAUGGUCAUAACUGAAAAUAUUUAAAUUAGUUUUUAGUUAAGGAUAGAAAAACAUAUAAUAUACAUCUAAAAUAAAUCACUAUCUCCCUAACACUCUGAAUUACCAACAUUUUAAUUUAAACCUUUUGGCGAGUUAAUCAAAUAGUUAUGGGCAAGCAACGUCAACUAAAAAUUCCAAAUCUUAUUCGUAAACAAGGGGUGUCGGUGUCUGAUGAUUGUACGGAGAUCCAGCAGAGGAUCAAAACUUUAAAUGAAAAGCUAUGCGGACUGCAGACUCAGUUGUUUCAAAUUAAAAGAAACUCCUAUAAGCAGACCAUUCUUCCCUCAAAAAGUUUAGCGGCUAAUGUAGUAUUUAGUAGACCAAAGAACAUAGUCUUGACUAAUUCAGUAGGAGUUAUGAACCGCAAAUUAGAACUAUUGACUGUGUUAACUGGGCUCGAAGUUCAGUCGUAUUCCAAAAAUGACCACUGCUGUAUUGUGUUUCACAUGCAACAUGACUCUUAUAAUGUAGUCAAGCAUGGAUUAAGAAUAGAAAUGAAAUCAGGUGGCAAUGAGGUGACCGACAGCUCUUUGCCUGUAGGAUUUAAUUUGAAUGAGAUAAUUGAUGACUAUGAUAGUAUUUUAAAACCUGAGUACCUCUUAUCUGUUCAUAAAGCCCUCAUAGCCUAUUAUGAUAGAUUGCAGCAAUAUGAAUCAUUAGAGAGGCUUUUAUCGAUAAAUGGCACAUUAUUCAAGGCGUUGGAUGGGUCACAUAUAGAAGUAACAUUCUACAUGCAUAGUGAUGAUGACAAUCUGGAUGUAAAAGUUAUUCUCAUUCUUGAUUAUAGAGUUCAUGAUAUACGCCCAAAGACUUAUGUUAUAAAAACAGAUCUUCCUGAAGAAAUAUUAGAGACUUUGCAACAUCACUGUUUGUUGUUCAAAAAGAAGCCUCUUAAAAAUGCCUUUAGACUAAUAUUUAUGGAUGAUGGACCAUGGCAACUUGUGAAUCAGAUGGGAAUCCAUAAGGAACAUACUGCUAUAAGACCAAAAAGAUUUCGACCGAACAGGAAUCCUAAUAAUGAUGACACCUUUCGACCAGAAGAGUGCUCUGAUCAGGGAGAAGAUGAAGAAUAUGUGGAGUAAAUCCUAAACAGACUCGCAAUAAAAAAAAUUUUUUUUUAUUUUUAGAAAAUGAAUUUUUACAACUCCAUUAUAACUACGACAGUUUACAGUAACACAUAUUUUCAUUAUUAAUCAAUAAAAAAAUAUAAAAUAGA